CAGGAGGAUCUCAAAUCAAGAUAUUGAUAUAUUCAGAUAAAUUUAAUAAUUUCUCCUAAACAUUUCGAAGCAUAAGUCAUAAGGAAUCCAUUGGGAAAAAGGAAUAAACUAUUUCUAAAUUAUUCUGAACUUACCAAGUUUAUAUUUAUUAUAAAAAAGGAAUGCAAAGGGUGCAUUUUGCAAACAAUAUCUCCGAAUCUCCAUCGCCAUUAUCAGAAUUAUCAACUUCGUCAUUUGACACACGACCUGACAUGCUGCAACUUUCUCCGGCUGAUACCAUAAUCUUCCAAAAAAGCAACAGCAACGAUCUCACGGGAAAUGUUCACAUACUGAAUGUCAGCCAGAAGGCUCUAACUUAUAAAGUCAAAACAACAGCUCCCGAUAAAUAUCGCGUUCGUCCUUCAUCAGGAACACUUUCUUCUAUGACUUCAGUCAACAUUAAUGUUGUUGUUCAAAAGGGUCAGCAAAUUCAACCAAUAAAUAAGGAUAAGUUCCUUGUUAUGUGUAUGGUGUUACCGGAGGGUCAACCAUUAACUAACGAUGAGGUUUCGAAUAUGUGGAAAGAAGUAUCUGCUAACAGUUCUGAAGUUGAACAACAUAGAUUGAAGUGUGCGAUCCCAACAGGCAUUACAACUGCAACAAUAAAUAAUCCAGAUAUGAGUUCAGAAACCUUUACAGAAGCUGGAAUUAUAAAUGUUUUGUCUAAUGACAUCAGUCAUAAUGGAAUGAAACAAUCUGUUUCCCAAAGUCAACAACAUCUUCACGCUACAAUCAAUCAACUCAAUGAAAGUUUGAAUCAAUUGAAUCAACAAAUUAAAGCACAACACUCACUUCAAUGGAUGUCCAUUUUUAUGUUCAUAGUGAUAAGCAUUGUUAUUGUUUAUAUUUUGAAAAUUGAAAUUCAAAAUUCAAACUCUCAAUAUUGCAUAGACAAAUAAAUCCAAAGAUAAGGAAGAAAAGAAUGAAGAAAAAUAUUAGGAUCCAUAAAAGACACCUUUAGUAGACAGAUGUUUAUGUUUAUCAUUUCAAGAAAAAAAUUUAUAUUUUAAUCCUAAGUUGUAAUGAAAAUAAAGUACAUGAAUUAAAAAAAUAUAAAAAUGAAAGCAGAAAGAGAUUCUCUUGCAUAAGUUUCUAUAAUUAUAUUAUUUAUUAAAAUCAGCAUAGGUACCUACCUAUAUUUAAUUGAAAACGAAAUGAACAUUUUUUCUGGCCAGGUCUUAGUAGAAACCCUAAAAAAUCGAAGAUCUCUUUGUCUGUGCUUAUGUUGAUUUCAAAUUAUAAAAAUGUUAAUGAAAUCUCAGUAAAAAUUAAGAUCUAAAAUCUAAAGUUAUUGUUACUG